AUGGGUAUCGGUCCCGGCAGUCUGAGCACAGCCGCUACGCAAGCCGCCGAGGAUCUCCAUGGAAAAGGUGUUGUCACUGUUGCAUCGCUCCGUCCCUUCUUUGGCGCAGUGGUUCCCAGCCCCGAGCCUGGAAAUAUUUCUGGCUUCUUGCAUGGCGAGCAGUCCCGUAUUCAGCUCCAGUUGGCUCUUGCAUCAGGCUUCGAGUUUACUGAGAUUCGCAGGAUCUUCGAGGGCGAAAUUCGGAAAGCUGUCUUCAACUCUGUCACGACCUACUAUAACGCCACAGGUGUCUAA